AUGCGCGGUACCAUCAUGGACGUUGGAGUGAACUGCGGCGCCAAGAGGAAGGAGGCGACCACAGUGAACGCAAAGCUCCAGCGCAAACGAAGUUACAACCGUGAGAGAUUACGACACAAGACACUUGCGUACAAGGCCGACGUGCUUGCAUUAACCACAGAAAUCGAUCAGCUUCGGGCGACACUGGCGGCAAUGAUGUUCGACCGAAAAGAGACACAGCUACCGUGGCAAGAUGUGCCACAGGUUUUCCUCAGCGACCGCGCUAUGGUUGAGUACCAGCUCAAAUGUCUGAGCAAGCAGGUGGUGGAUCAGGACAAGCUCAAUCGAAUAAUGAUGCAGUGGUUGACGACAUCGCAAACACCCAUCCACGUAACUUCCUUCAUGGGUGGAAUCUAUCUAACGCGACCUCAAUGUAGCGAUCACUCGACCCCAAUGUGCUCACGUACAAGUACACGUCUCUCAUGGCGGAUUCAUCGGUGCGAUCCGUCGGUUUGGAUUGGAUAUCGAAGCGUUUGUUUCGCAAUUUGAACCCGUGGAUGGAGCGAAGUCGUGUCGCAGUGUCCAUGACGCCAUACUACCGCGUCGCCGUGCAUGAAGGCGAAGAUCAAUCGUAUUAUGUGCUGGAAGAGUACAAGCAGCGCGUGGAACCCAUGGCGUUGGCACUCGUGUCGUCGAUUCUGCACAGAAUGUACUUCGAGUUCGUGGACGGCGAUCAAGUAGACGACGCCCAAGGCGACAAGCUACGGUACCUCCGCUACGCGUCGCUAUACGGCCGAGCGCGUAACCAAAUCUUCCACGAGAACAUGCUGGUCCGAGCGUAUGACGACCCCGUCCACUCCCGCUACGUGAUCUUUACUCACAGCAUAUCGGAUGACUCCAAGUACCCUCAGGAUAUUCAGAGCGACUGGACUGCAUGGUUGGGAACGACAGAGCUAGAACAAGAUCCUGAUUGCUUUGUAGGGUCGUCGCCGAAGCUCUGUCUCCCACAGAAACAGUCAUCCAACACGGCUACAUCUCAAAUGGACUGCGGCGGGGAUCCCGACCCCUUACUUUGGAAGAAGAAUGUCCAGCUCUAGAAAGGGGCACUUUUGCGACUGACGCCGACAAAUUUACCAAGUUUGCCGAGCUCCAGCGAAUGUACCGGUUGACCAGGCAGGUCGACGAUAUAUUGCACUUCGAUCGAGUUGCUGAAGAUGUCGCAAGGGAAGGGCGAUGAAACUAACGUCGAUCCAUCGCAACCGUCAUGGGUCAGUCGGUGCGGUGCGACGACUGUGACUUUUCACACCUUCAAAGCCUCCAGCAGGUAAACUUAAACGAGCAAGUUUUCAACCCUGAAA